ACAGCUGCUCUUCAAUAUUGAGGUUCCCAUCACACAAGGCUUUCCAGUACUGUUGCAUUUCGGACAGUUAGUGAGCCGGCCACAAUCGGUACAGCCAGAACUGUCGCGAUGUUUUGUAUUUGUCUAAGGGAGUGUUCUGACACUCCUAAGACAACUACAAAAAAGUAUACAUCAACCUCCUCAGAAAUUCUGCCUUCAUUCAAGCAAUGGAACAAUAUUUUAUCAUCGAUAAGAAUGUUGCUUUAGUCAGUCCGCCCCCUUACAUCUUAUUGGACACACUUCCACACCUGCAUAAAUAAAGAGAUGAUUAUGCACCACCUUCAAACUGAAAAACUGCAUUGAUGAGAGCUCACCUGCCCUGUCGCCUCUGAACAAAGAAAUGACUUACACAAAGCUCCAGAGAAGAUGGACGUCUUUGUGGGCCUUUUGCAGCUUGGCUUUUUUGUUCUUUUCCUUUGUUUUUUGGAAAACCAUCAUUGAUAGAAGUUCGCCCUCUCAAUUUCAUAUCCCGGAGCAGUUUUCCGCUGACCUGCCUGCCUGUUUAGCCAUCAUCACUGGAGAUGUAGAGGGUACCAAGGCUGAAGUAGAAGAGCUUCUACAAUCCAGGAGAAGGAAAACAACUCUUUCUGAGAAUUUCUACAUUAAUGCAACUAAGGAUUGUGCAGCUUACAUUGAGAAUAGAGGUUUUGUUAAAGUGCCUUUAAGUGAGGAGGAGCAAAAUUUUCCCAUUGCAUACUCCAUAGUGAUACACGAGAAGAUUGAGAUGUUUGAACGACUCCUACGAUCUAUUUAUGCUCCACAGAACAUCUACUGUGUCCAUAUUGACCAGAAGUCUUCCCUGUCUUUUCACAAGGCUGUGAAGGAAAUAGUUUCCUGCUUUCCCAAUGUUUUUGUAGCCAGUAAAUUAGAACGUGUUGUGUAUGCUUCAUGGUCCAGAGUACAGGCAGAUCUGAACUGCAUGAGAGAUCUGCUGCACUCUGAUGUUCAAUGGAGAUACCUGUUGAAUACCUGUGGGACAGACUUUCCCAUUAAAACCAACAGGGAGAUGGUGAUGGUUCUGAAAGUCCUCAAUGGGAGGAACAGCAUGGAAACUGAAGCCACCAGUGUCUCCAAGAAAAUGCGCUGGCAGUACCACCACAAUGUCUCCAACGGCGUCAUCAGAACAGACAUGAGAAAAAGCCCGCCACCCAUUAGCAGCCCAAUGUUCUCAGGAAACGCCUACUUUGUGGUCUCAAGGGCCUUUGUGAAAUACGUGAUGCAGAACGGAGAGGUUCAGAAAUUUAUGGAGUGGGAAAAAGACACAUACAGUCCAGACGAGCACAUGUGGGCCACCCUGCAGAGAAUGUCCUCGGUUCCUGGAUCAAUGCCCCCAAACGGCAAAUAUGACACAUCGGACAUGAUGGCUCUCGCCCGAGUUGUCAAGUGGUCUUAUUUAGCAGGAGACGUGAAAAAAGGAGCUCCGUACUAUCCAUGCACGGGGGCCUACAGGAGAGCUGUGUGUGUGUUCGGCGCCGGCGACCUCCUGUGGCUCCUGAGACAGCAGCAACUCUUUGCAAAUAAGUUUGACCCAGAAGUUGAUGACAUUUCUAUCAGGUGUUUGGAGUCAGUUCUGCGUUUCAAAGCUUUGGGUCAUAACUUCCUGGAUUCUCUGCAAUAUCCAAAUCUGUUGUAGAAUCUAAAAUGUAUAUAGCUUUUCUUUUCAAAUGGAGCAGCUUUAAACCAGGUAUAAGCUGGUUUAAGAUUCUCACAGUGUGAUGAUCCACGAGUAAACGUUCAAGGUCGGUAUUACCAGUGAAAUGUCUAAAAUAAAAUGUUACUUUUUUUUAAAUUACUGUUAAAAUAACUUGUUUUAUUACAGUUGUAAUGUUAUCUGUAAUGUGUUUGAUGUGCAAAUUUGUCUUGUAGGCAAAUAAAACACAAUUACUUCCUGCUGAAAGCAUAUUAGCAGUGCACAAGUGUACAUAUUUUUUUAACUUUGUGUCAAUGUUAUUCUGUUUCAUAUACAAUGCUCUAAAUCUUUGAUUUCAA